AUGACCGCCGCCGCUUCUCCUCGAGCGGGACGCAGGACGCCGGAUGGGCGAUCCGGCGGGGCUCCGGAAUCCCCAGGCGCCGCCGCGCGGGACCAGGAGGAGUCGCGCCAGCCCUGUGAUGCCAUGGCCGUGUCACAGUGGGUGGCGUGUGGCCGAGGGUGCUCGCGGGCCAGCGGUGCCGAUGUCACAGUGGCCACUGUGACGCGUGGGGGCAGGCCUACAAAAAGGAACGCUGGGCGCACAUGCGUGCUGUGUCUCCGGGCAGAGGCAGACCCAGACCUCUGCGGGCCCAAACUGAAUAAUCAAGGGAUGCGUGCCCAUCACUUUUGCCUGCUUUUUGCCGAUGAGAUCCAUCCGGAAGGGACCGAACAGGAAGGACAGAUGGGAUUUCUCCCUGAAGAUAUUCGAUGUGCAGUCGAGCAGGCAGCCCAGAUGGUCUGCUUCGUGUGUGGCGAGCGCGGGGCCACCAUCACCUGCCAGGAGAUGGGCUGCGACCGCAGAUUCCAUCUCCCGUGUGCCGUGGAGGGUGGAUGCGUCACCCGUUAUCUCCUGCCGUACAGUUCCUUCUGCUGGGAGCACCGCCCACAGCAGCGAGAGCAGGUGGCUCCAGAGAACACCACCUGCCUCAUCUGCCUGGACCCUGUUGAAGGCAGAACAACCUACGGGACCAUGGUGUGCCCACUGUGCAAACACGCCUGGUUCCACAGGGCCUGCAUCCAGGGUCAGGCUAUUCGUGCUGGCGUUUUUUGCUUCCAGUGCCCCCUGUGUAGAAAUAACAAACAGUUUCUAAUGGAAAUGCUCUUUAUGGGCAUCCGAAUCCCCAUAAGGCAAGCGUCGUGGGAGGACAACAACACGUACGCACAACUGUACCAGAGGCACAGACACUGCAAUGCCAGGCAGUGCCUUUAUCCAGGGGGCAGGGAGGAGGCAGAGCGAGAAGGGCCCUGGCAACUGCUCCUGUGCUGCUCCUGUGCUGCCGAGGGCACGCACAGACGCUGCUCCAACUUGGGGAACAGCAUGGAGAGAUGGGAGUGUGACAGCUGUGCUGGCCUGGGCACCUCCUCCGGUGUCAGCUCAGAGCUUGCUGGUCCCAGCACCACCAGCCCAGCAGCAUCGGGGCGGACUCUGGGACCUCCAGCACAGGAGACCACCAGCCCCAGCAGCAGCAGACAGAUGCCAUCAGGGCCAUGCCACAGCUCCCCAAUGCCUGAGGGCAGCAGCCGCUCCAGCGCCCCUGGGCCUGACCGACGGCAAAACCAAACCUGCUGCAACCAUCAGACCCAGACUCCCUACACGUGGCGCAGAAGACAGCAGGAGAGAAGCCGAGCUGUGAGCAGCACCCACAGUCAGGCAGUGCUGAGGCUGUCCCGACGCUCCCCAGCACGUGAGACCCACAGCCGCAGCACCAGCAGGCAGCAGCCAUCAGCAUCAUCCCGUGGCUCUGCAGCACUGGAAAGAAGCAGGAGCUCCAGGUCCACCGGGCCCGUGCGGGUGCGAGACUGCUCCCGCUUGCAGCGUCAGGCCCAGACUCCAUACGCACGGCCCAGAAGACGCCGUGACAGCAGCCGCACGUCAGCAGCACGAGCUGAGAGGAGCCCCCGCAGCCAGGCUGUGCCCAGGCUGUCCCAGUGCUCGCCAACACGUGCAAGCCGCAGACCCAGCACCAGCAGACAGCGGCCGUCAGCGUCAGCCCGUGGCCCCGCAGCACGCCAAAGAGGCAGCAGGUCCAGAUCCACCGGGCCUGUGCGGGUGCGAGACCGCUCCCGCUUGCAACGUCGGGGCCAAACUCCCAACCCGCGGCGCAAAAGACGCCGUGAGAGCAGCCACACGCCAGCACCAAGCGCAAAGAGGUGCACGCGCAGACAGGCUGUGUCGGGGCUGUCCCAGCAUUCCCCAGCACGUGCGACCAGCAGCUCCAGCAGUGACAGCCAGGAGUCAUCAGGGUCCUCCAGUGGCUCCCAGGAAUCAGGGAGCAGCAGUCCCAGCACUGACAGCCAGGAGGAAUUAUAGCCAUGCCACAGUUCCCUGGCACCAAACAUCAGCAGCCCUGGCACUGCGGCACUGGGGCCACACCACGGCUCCCCAGUGUGUGAGGGCAGCAGCAGCUCCAGCCCCCCAGGGCCUGACCGACAGUGAAACUGCUCCUGCUUGAACUGUCAGACCCAAAGUACCUACAUGCAGCCCAGAAGGCAGCGGGAGAGAAGCCAACCGCCAGCACCGUGUGAUGCGAGGAACACCCACAGCCAGGCGGUGAGGGGCUGUCCCAGUGCUCGCCAAUACCUGAGACCAGCAGCCCCAGCACCAGCAGGCAGCGGCCAUCGGUGGCAUCUUCUGGCUCCGCAGCCCUGGAAAGCGGCAGCAGCUCCAUCCCCACGAGGCUCUUGUGGGUGCGAGACAAGUCCCACUUGCAACAUCGGGCCCAAACUCCCAACACGCAGCCCAGACACCUCCGUGGGACCAACCGUGCUUCAUCUCUGAGCGACAGCUCUGAUCCCCCUCCACCGGCACAAUAAAGGUGGCCCUUCAUCUCUGGACUGGGAGAUUCCAGGCUCAUUGGUUGCCUUCCUCCUCCUCCUCUCCUUUUCUCAAGGGGCAGCGUCAGGGGCUGGGCCCAGAGCAUUGUCCUCUCCCGGGGGGUCGGCAGCCCCUUCCGCAGACCGAUCUCCUGCGCCCACCCAGCCGGCCUGUCCCUCACAGCUCGACCCUCAAAAUCAUACACCCCGGCCCCAGCGACUUCUGACACGCUUCAGCUCUGUUCCCCUCUGGACAAGGCUAUAAGCAAUAUCCUAUCCUCAUUGCCCAGUAGCCAAAGGGCAUUGCCUGUUCCCCAGUUCUGGGUGCUCUUCCCCAACGUGAUUGCUGCUGUACCAACCGAAGGCUUCCUUGUAGCACUACAAGCCAAGAAAUCCUCUUGACUAGAAUUUGAAACACCUGAAACCCGGAGCGUUCGGGGCAGCCGGCGCAGGCGGGCUUUCCCACAUGGAGACGGAGCAAGUGCUGAAACGCUUGUAUGUUGGAGGGCUUGCCCACGAGGUGUCUAAGGCUGAGCUGCAGGAAAGAUUUGGCAAGUUUGGCCAUGUUUUGGAUACGGAGAUUAUUAC